AGAUAAGCUUCUACUGAGGGACGCAGUUUUACUGGGUUGUUUUUCUAAGGGAAGUAUCAAAUAUAAGUAUAUUUAUGAUCGUCGCUUUAAUGAUGAGAUUGACAAACUGACUGGAUACAAGACGAAGUCACUUCUGUGCAUGCCCAUAAGAAACAGUGAUGGAGAGGUUAUUGGUGUGGCACAAGCAAUAAAUAAGACUCCUGGAGGUGCCCCGUUUUCUGAUGAUGAUGAAAAAGUGAUGCAGAUGUACCUCCCAUUCUGUGGGAUUGCCAUAUCCAAUGCCCAGCUAUUUGCAGCCUCAAGGAAGGAAUAUGACAGAAGCAGGGCUUUACUGGAAGUAGUGAACGACCUCUUUGAAGAACAGACUGACUUAGAGAAGAUUGUCAAGAAAAUUAUGCAUCGGGCCCAGACUCUACUCAAGUGUGAACGGUGUUCAGUAUUACUUCUGGAAGAUAUUGAAUCCCCUGUAGUGAAAUUUACAAAAUCCUUUGAGCUGCUAUCUCCAAAAUGCAGUGCUGAUACUGAAAACAGUUUCAAAGAAGGUGUGGAGAAAUCACCAUCUUACUCUGACUGGCUAAUAAAUAACAGCAUUGCUGAACUUGUAGCUUCCACGGGUCUCCCGGUGAAUAUCAGUGAUGCCUAUCAGGAUCCUCGCUUUGAUGCUGAAGCUGACCAGAUCUCUGGCUUUCACAUAAGAUCUGUUCUGUGUGUUCCUAUAUGGAAUAGCAACCACCAAAUAAUCGGGGUAGCUCAAGUGUUAAACAGACUCGAUGGGAAGCCCUUUGAUGAUGCUGACCAGCGAUUGUUUGAGGCCUUUGUUAUUUUCUGUGGUCUGGGCAUCAACAACACAAUUAUGUAUGACCAAGUGAAGAAAUCCUGGGCAAAACAGUCUGUGGCUCUUGAUGUUUUAUCUUAUCAUGCAACAUGUUCAAAGGCAGAAGUUGAUAAAUUUAAGACUGCAAACAUCCCUCUGGUGUCAGAGCUUGGCAUUGAUGACAUCCAUUUUGAUGACUUCUCACUCGAUGUGGAUGCCAUGAUUAUUGCAGCCCUGAGGAUGUUCAUGGAACUUGGAAUGGUUCAGAAAUUUAAAAUUGACUACGAGACGCUGUGUAGGUGGCUUUUGACAGUUAGGAAGAAUUAUCGAAUGGUUUUGUAUCACAACUGGAGACAUGCUUUCAAUGUGUGCCAACUAAUGUUUGCCAUGUUAACUACAGCAGGAUUUCAAGAGAUUCUGACUGAAAUUGAAAUUUUAGCUUUGAUUGUGGGAUGCUUGUGUCACGACCUUGACCACAGGGGAACCAACAAUGCCUUCCAAGCCAAGAGCGGAUCAGCCUUAGCUCAGCUCUACGGCACCUCUGCUACCUUGGAGCACCACCAUUUCAAUCAUGCUGUCAUGAUUCUCCAAAGUGAGGGUCACAACAUCUUUGCUAACUUGUCCUCUAAGGACUACAGUGACCUUAUGCAGCUUCUAAAGCAAUCGAUAUUGGCAACAGACCUCACUCUGUAUUUUGAGAGAAGGACGGAAUUCUUUGAACUUGUCAGUAAAGGUGGUUAUGAUUGGAAUGCUAAAAACCAUCGAGAAAUAUUUCGAUCAAUGCUAAUGACAGCCUGUGACCUUGGAGCUGUGACCAAACCGUGGGAGAUUUCAAGACAGGCAGCUGAGCUGGUAACCAGUGAGUUUUUUGAACAAGGAGAUAGAGAAAGAUCUGAACUGAAACUCAUUCCUUCAGCCAUUUUUGAUCGGAACAGGAAAGAUGAACUACCCAGGUUGCAGCUCGAGUGGAUUGAUAGCAUCUGCAUGCCAUUGUAUGAGUGUCUUGUGAAGCUGAAUGUGAAACUGAAGCCUAUGCUGGACUCUGUGGCAGUAAAUAGAGGUAAAUGGGAGGAGUUGCACCAACAAAGACUUCCUUCUCAGGCAGCAUCCUCAUCCUCCUUUUCCUCUACCUUUACCAUGUCUCUCAAAGACAUAAAUUAAGCCUGCAAAUGUCAGUGUCUAUUUAUGAUAAAAGCCGUCUGAAAGGAUUUCAAAAGCUUUGGCACACCAUUUUUUUUAUUUAUUUUUUUUUUUUUUAAAGAAACAUUUUCACAGAUAUGCUUAAUUGAUCGGAUGGUAUCUUGAUGGCAGCCUGGUUUGCUAUUACUUCCCUUCUGAAGGGAAGGCCUGCAGCAAGAUUACACUGGUUUCCAAAGCGACAAGAACGACUUAGCACAAGAAACAUUCAUUCAGCUCUGCUACAUUUCAGCUGCUACCAUAAAAAUCUGUAAAACUGACAACAGACUGAAAUAUAAGAACUCACAACUUAAUAAAAUUAAUAAUACAGAGCAGAACUGCAAUAUGAGGUGGUCAAUUCAUAUGCAAGGAGCUGCAGGAAAACACAAUAGUAUGUAAUUGCAUUGUUGUUUUGCAUCUCUUCAGUACAGUUAUGAAUCCAUUAUGCCUGCUUUUGUGAUGUUCCUCUCUUCCUUCCUCUUUUAUGCCUAGAUGUUCUGAGAAGCCUGCUUUGUAUUCUAAAGAAGUAUUUUUUUACAACAACGCUUCUUAGUGAUUGAUCAGGGCCUUUAGAAUUGCCUACCUUUGCUACAUUUAAAAACAAACUUUAUUAUCUUUCAAAAUACCAAUCUGUCCCUGCUUCCCUGAGAAAUUCAUAUUAACAAUGCAGUAAAUUUCUCAGCAAGGGGAAGCUUGCAUUAAAACAAAAUACUG